AUGCUUCCUGUGCCGGUCUAUGUAGCACUAGCUGAUCCCACUUCGGGACCAGUCACUGCUCGCUACACUACUACGCUUCCGUGCCCAGCUGUUCCCUCAGGCUCUCUGACGGGCUUCCACGUCCCCUCGUUCUCCAGGAACUUGGUGGGCGUGAGGCCGUUUGUGAGUAGUCACGUGGGUGUUUGGAUAGAGCCGUCUGGCGAGACUACGUCUCUACACACUUCACACUGGUCCUUGAGGGCGGCAGCAGCAGCAACAGCAGCAGCAGCAGCAGCAACAGCAGCAGCAGCAGCAGCAGCAGCAGCAGCAGCAGCAGCAGCAGCAGCAGCAGCAGCAGCAGCAGCAGCAGCAGCAGCAGCAGCAGCAGCAGCAGCAGCAGCAGCAGCAACUACUGCCCCCGACACCUGUCACAGCCUCCCGCCAGGUUCCCGUGUCUAG